CGACAACCCUGAAGGAAUUAAAAUAAAUAAAAUAAAAUGGGAGCUAAACAAUCACAGCCACGGUCUGUUUCUUUAGAAAAUCCAACUCCUGCCGGUGUUAUUGAUAUAUCCGACGAUGUAGUCAAGCGUCUGAAGCAGGGUAUCACACAACAGGCACGAGAUAAUGCAGUCGCUUCUGAAGAGACCAAACCAGUGGCCAAGCCCCAGCAGCCGGUAAAGAAAACUCCUGCAAAGACGGCGCCUGUCACGCCGGCUGCGGCUCCAAAAGUUGUCUAUCAGACACCAACGCCUGUCUACGUUCCAGUUGGAGCAACAGCUGGUCACACAAUCAGUGCCGCUGAUGUGCAGCGUCAAAUGAAUCAGGAACUGCAGAAGAACGACGAAAUCUGGCGCGGGCGCAUGACACAGUUGGAGGAAAAUUUGAAGAAAACCAAUACCAUUCUGGAAACCGAGUAUGCCAAUGCUGUGGAAGGUGUUCACAAGCGGUUUGUUAGCACAGCUGCCGCCCACAAGACACCUCCAUGCCAGGAUCUGAAAGCACAGCUCUUGGCCUGCUAUCGUGCCCAUCCUGGCGAGACAUUGAAAUGCAUUGAUGAAGUCGCCCAGUUUAGGCAAUGUGUCGAUUUGCAUCGCAUUAAGAAACUGGAUGAGGAGCCACCAGUGCCUAAAGCAAUCACUGACAGCAAAGCCACGGUGCGAACAGCCAAGGCUGGCUAAAAAACGAACGCAUUAAAUAUAGAUCUUUGUCUUGAGAUCAUAUGUGUGAAUGAAUGAUGAUAGUAAAUUAAUAAUAUACGAUAACACUUUAAUUAAAAUGUGUUGAAGUUUUGUUAA